AUGGUGGAGACAGGCAGAGAUGAUCAAGAUUCGACUGGAGAUUCUGAACCGCAAAACAACAACGACCAGCUGAGCAUGGGUUCAAAGAAAGCCAGCGGCUCUGAUCAGAAACUUACGCACAGAUCCCAGGUUUGGAGCCAACCUGCGGACUCGAGCAGUUCGAGCUCUCAAGAGGCUCUGGACCGUAUGGCACACGUGACUUACGAUGACAGUCCGCACCUGGAGCAGGGCCGCGAGAUCGUGCGCCAGCUGAGCCCAACUCUCGGCCUAGCAGACCACAAGGCACUUGUCAUGGAGCAUGUGACUGAGUCGCCCUCAGAGAAAGAACUUGCGGAGCAAGAGAUCUGGGAAGGUGACGUUGAACUAUUGCCCAAUUCGCCGUACCCUGAGGUGCGGGCCACCGUUUCUACCUACGACGAUCCUACGAUUGUGCUGAACCACUGGAGAACCUGGUUUUUGGUCACCAUCUUUGUUAUUGUUUUCGCAGGUGUGAAUCAGUUUUUCUCCUUGAGGUAUCCAAGUUUGUCCAUCAACUUUCUGGUCGCACAAGUAGUGUGCUACCCAAUUGGUAAAGUCCUAGCGCUUCUGCCUCAAUGGGAUUGUCCUCGUGUUCCUUUUUUCAACCUGAACCCAGGCCCCUUCACCAAGAAAGAACAUGCUGUGGUUACUAUUGCAGUAGCUCUUACUUCAAGUACAGCGUACGCCAUGAACAUCUUGAUUGCUCAGACCAAUUUUUAUAAUAUGGAUCUAAACGCGGGCUAUCAAAUUUUGCUUGUCUGGACAACUCAAAUGCUGGGUUACGGUGCCGCCGGGUUAAGUCGUCGUUGGGUCGUCUCUCCUGCUUCUUGUGUGUGGCCUCAGACUUUGAUUUCCGUUUCACUGUUCGAUUCUCUGCAUAAUACUUCAAUUGAUAAGUCCGCAACCAAUGGAUGGACCAUGUCCCGCUAUAAAUUUUUUAUGAUUAUAUUUGGGGGAAGCUUUGUAUGGUACUGGGUACCCGGUUUUCUAUUCAAAGGUCUUUCUUACUUCAACGUUGUUCUUUGGGGUCCCAAAACGAGACACAAUUUUGUUGUCAAUACUAUCUUUGGUGUUGAGAGUGGCCUUGGUGCCUUGCCCAUUACAUUCGACUACACUCAAGUUUCUCAAGCUAUGGCAGGAUCAGUUUUCGCAACCCCAUACUGGGUUUCAGCUAACACAUGCGUCUCAGUGGUCAUCUUCUUCAUCAUCAUUCUGCCAAUCCUGUAUUUCACGAACACCUGGUACGCAAAAUACAUGCCAGUGAUUUCAUCCUCUACUUUUGACAACACACAGAAGACAUACAAUGUCAACAAAAUUUUGAAUCCUGACUAUUCGAUCAACAUGGAAAAGUACAUAGCUUACUCACCUUUGUUUGUGCCAUUUUCCUACUUAUUGAGUUACGCGUUGAAUUUUGCGGCUGUUAUAGCGGUAUUUGUUCACUGUGGUUUGUAUCAUGGUAAAGACAUGUGGAAGAAAAUGAGAAACAAGAAUCAUGGCGGUCUUGACAUCCAUAUGAGAAUAUACACCAAAAAUUACAAGGACUGCCCUGAAUGGUGGUACGUCGUUCUUCAGGUAAUCAUGGUGGGUCUUGGAUUUGCUACUGUAUGUGGUUUCGACUCUGGUCUACCUGCUUGGGGGUUCGUCGUGGCAUUAUUGGUAUCCCUUGUUAAUUUUGUUCCUCAAGGCCUCUUGGAAGCAGUCACAAAUCAACAUGUUGGUCUGAAUAUUAUUACUGAGUUAAUCUGCGGUUAUAUGCUGCCCUUAAACCCUAGAGCUAACGUACUUUUCAAGCUUUAUGGUUUUAUCGUCCAAAGACAUGGCUUAGACAUGAGCAGGGAUUUGAAACUUGCGCUGUACAUGAAAAUCUCUCCAAGACUGAUAUUUGCAAUUCAGAUUUACGCUUCUUUGAUCUCAGGUUUGGUUAAUGUCGGUAUACAAGAGUGGAUGAGAUCGAACAUAAAGGGCCUUUGCUCAUCAGAUCAACCCGAUGGUUUCACUUGUCCAAAUGGUCGUGCAAUUUUCAACGCUUCCAUUAUUUGGUCAAUGCCUCAAUUUUUGUUUUCCCCCGGUCGUAUUUACAAUCCAUUAAUGUGGUUUUUCUUGAUUGGUUUAAUUGUACCUUUCAUUGUGUUUGGAUUGCAGAAGCUUUUCAAGAGAAAUACCUUUUUAAAGUUUGUGCAUACACCCGUUUUUUUCACAGGGCCUGGUAACAUUCCACCUAGUACUCCUUACAACUACACCUUAUUCUUUGCCAUGUCUUUCGCCUUGAACACUAUUAGAAAAAGAUGGCCUCUUUGGUAUGGCAAGUACAACUUCGUCAUGGGCGCUGGAGUUGAAACCGGCGUAGCUUUGGCAGUAGUUAUUAUUUUCCUCGCGGUCCAGUAUCCUGGUGGUAGCCUGAGUUGGUGGGGGAACAGCGUUUACAAAAAUACUUAUGAUCAUGCAUACAAAAAAUACUACACUUUGAAAAGUGGUGAAACGUUUGGAUAUGAUAAAUGGUGGUGA